UAAGAAAUGUAUAACUAUAAAUAAAAAAUCAGAAAUAUUUUGCUUUGUAACACAACUUUUAACUUCUAUGGUACAAUAUGUUGUAAAUUAUUGUGUUUUAACAGAUUUUAAAAUAUUGCUUGCGUUUUAAGUUAAAGAAGUGAAUUGAAGUUUGUAAAAUCAUGAGUUCCCUUUUAUCAGCGGAACUUUCUGCCACUUGUAAUGCCUUAGGAACACUAAAUAAGAAAACAGGAAAGUAUUUGAUAGAUGAUUUCACUCUUAAUACAGUUAAAGAUUUAAUUAGAUAUUUGAGACGUGAUGGCGAAGACCACGAAAUACGCAGACAUUUUGGACAAACUAAAGUACUACAAACGGAUCUAUUGCCUAUGCUUAUUGAUCAUUGGGAAAAUAGUGAACUGUUUGAUGUCACUCUGAGGUUAAUUGUUAAUUUAACAAAUCCUGCUCUGCUGCUGUAUAGAGAGGAAGUUCCUGUGGAGCGCACUGCCCGACACAAUUAUUUACAAAUAUUAUCUCAUUUGCAAAACUACAAAGAAGAAGCUUUCACUAAAGUUGAUGUUUGGCAGAUGUUUUCAAAGAAAUUAGCAAAAGUGUUAGAAAUAGAUUGGUCAGAAAGAGAUGAAGAUACAGGUCUGAUUAUUGAAAGGAUCUUAAUUUUGAUAAGAAAUGUAUUACAUGUUCCCGCUGAUUUAGAUAAGGAAAGAAGACCUGAGAAUGAUGCCAGCGUUCAUGAUCAGGUAUUAUGGGCUUUAAACCAAUCAGGAUUAUUGGAUAUAAUACUUUAUAUGUCAUCAGAAAAUGAAAAGCAGUAUUUUAUGCAUAUAUUAGAGAUAAUUUCACAUUUAUUGAGGGAACAGAACCCGUCAAGCUUAGCUAGCGCUGCUCUGCAGAGAAGUAUGGAUGAGAAAGUAAGAGAUGAGCAGGAACUUUUGACUAUCAGAAUGACGGAAACCAAAGAAAGACAAAAUAAAAUAAGACAAUAUUCUGGUACAAGACAUUCUAGGUUUGGAGGGACAUAUGUUGUCCAGAAUAUGAAGUCUAUAUCGGAUAAUGAAAUCAUAUCAUUAAAGCCUUUAAAUAAUAUAUCUAAAUUAGACUUCAAUGGCAGUAAGAAAUCUAGAUUGGUGAAACCUAAACAUAGAAGACCGGUUGAAAGUGGUGUGUUAGAAAGACGGUCUGCAUUUGCUGUGAGGUUAUUUCUGAAAGAGUUUUGUAUAGAAUUUUUGAAUAGCUCGUACAAUCCACUGAUGCAUUAUGUGAAGGACGUGUUGGUGCGCUCGAGGGCACAACAAAAUGAUGAAUCUUACUAUUUAUGGGCUGUCAAGUUUUUUAUGGAGUUCAAUCGCGGUCAUAACUUCCAAGUGGGCCUUGUCAGUGAGACAAUGUCCGUACCGAUGUUUCACUACGUCCAACAACAAAUGGAGAAAUAUUACGAUAUGAUAAAAGUAGAGAAGAAGAAAUUCUCAGCCUGGGUCCGUAGACUCCAUCUCUCUCUGAGAGCAUAUAAGGAAUUAUUAAAUACAUUACUAGCUAUGGACAAAAGCACCGACCCUUCAGUAAAGGAGUCCGCUAAAGUAUUAAAAAGUAACAUAUUUUAUGUGCUAGAGUAUAGGGAAUUUAUUCUCUAUACGUUUCUGAACUAUGAUGAUAGCAAGAUGCCGAGGUCGUAUUUAGUGGAUUUGGUUGAAACUGUUCAUCUAUUUCUGAAAAUGUUAGAGCACUAUUGCAAGAAGACGGGCCUCGUUGUACAAAAGAAACUUCGCAAGAAGUCUAAGUCGAAAAAAAAGAAACAAAGUCAGAAAGUAAGGGCUGUACCUAUAGAGGUGCCGCUGUGGGAGUGUUUGUGCCCGCAGCUGGCGUGCGUGCUGAGCGCCGGCCUCGCGGAGUACCCGCCGCCAUUCGACGCAGCCUCCGAUGUACCUAUAGACCAGCAGAAAGAGGACUGUAUGAAGAAAAUACAAAAAUUAAUGCGGGAAUCCAAAUUCGAGGAUGCUGUCGGGACGUUUAGAGCUGCUAGAGAGGUUUGGCCCGAGGAAGGAAUAUUCGGAGUUAGCGGUAUCCCUGAGGACGAAGAAUUAGAAAUGUUGCAAACCAUUUACAACACAGAUUUGGGCGUAGAAGUUAACGAGGUUCCAGAAGUAGAAGACGAGUCACAAGAUGGCUACGAUAACGAAGAAGAUGAAGAAGAGGAGACAACUACAUCUGUUGUGGAAACUGACUUCGAUUUUCAAGAUUUCAUACAAAGGUUCUGCCACCCCCGCGUGGUGAGUGCGUGCGCGUACCUUCUAGAACGAUACGAGAAGAACUCUUUGCACACGAACCACUGCAUCAUCAAGAUGCUGCACCGCGUCGCGUGGGACUGCAGGCGGCCCUCCAUGAUGUUCCAGGCCUCCAUCUUCCUCACCUUCCAGAAGAUAUUCCACAACCCUUUGCCACAUUUUAAGGAGUUGGAAAAGUUCGCUCUCUUCGUGUUCAGAAAGUUCUCGGAGGUCGCCUACAAAAAUACAAAAGUAUUUAUCGAACUUUUGUUUUGGAAGUCGUCUAAGGACGCCAUCGAUAUAGAGCACGGCUACGACCUCUACAGCGACCAAAAGGACAAAGUAGGUAAAGGGCAUUGGAGUGAAGAGCAAGAGGAUGAAUUACGCAACUUAUUUAUGGAGAAUCAGACAAACCCUACAACAGAGAAAGAUGUUAUUGAUUGGAUUUUGGACAACCUGAUCGAUCAGACUCGAACUAGACGUGGAGUUAUCAAGAAGUUAAAAGACUUGGGUUUGAUAUUUAAAGCGCCAACGAAAAAGAGUAAUAAAGAAAGACAAACUCAAAAAGUGCCUAUAGAGUUUUUAGAGGAAGAAGAUGCUUUACUUAUUGAGUUGUGGAAACAGUAUGGUGAUUCGCCCGAUCCAAUGGGAGUAAUAAUUCCCCGAAUGCCACGUAAACGGCCAAGACGUAGCUUCGUAGAGAGACUUUUGCAGUUAGAUCUCAUACAGGACAAGAACCAAUGCCGGAAAAAGAAGCAACGGGUUUCAAAAAGCGAUGGAAAUAACAGCGACAAAUCUGAUAGUUCAUCGAGCUCUGAAUCAUCAGAUGAAAGUGAUUCUGAUAGGAAUGUAAAAGUACGCUCUCCUAAAGCCAAUAUAAAUAUCAAAAAAUCAAAUAAAAGAAAAGCUGAUGCUCGUAAAGGAAACACUAAAAAUAUUGAACUUACCGCUAGUGAAAUUGCUAAACUGUUGGUGGAAGCUGUUGAUAGCGGUUUUGGCGAAGCAUUAAAAUGGGUGGCAGAGAAUUUGGAAGAGGUAGCAUUAGACCAAGAAGCGGAAGGCUUCGACCCGAGCGCGGAGGGCACGCCGCUAGUGCCCAUGUCUGAACACUCGGUGCAAGCUAUGGAAAAACAUACUUUUCAUAAAGUCCUAAAAGGAGUUGGUAUAUUACCUCCCGCUGAUGAACAGGAAACGUACUGGAGAAUACCAAGUAACCUUCACUUCAAUACAAUUAGAAAACGUCGUGAGAUUAUUUUGAAAGCUAUUAAUAAAGAACUCAUAAUAGACGAGACAUUAACCAAUAACGCUAGAUCAGAAGAAUCAGAAAAGAACGGAAAAGAAGAAUCGAGCGAUGAUGAAGAUCUGUUUGAUAGUUUACGAAGAUUACGCGACAAUACAGAAGAAAACAUUAACAAAAGUAUUAAUAAGAAAACACGAAAACGAAGUCGUAGUUCUGAUAAUGAAGAUAAUAGAAAAGAGAAGUUGCAGAGAAUAGAAGAAGAACAGACAGAAGAGAAGAGUGACGAAGAAGAUAUUUUGUCGUUUGCUAAGAAGACACUUGAAUGUGACGAUGAACCUGAUACAGAAGACAUCUUAAAGAGUAUACCAAAGCAUAAUUCUGACGACAGUGAGAACGAAGACGAAGAAAUAAUUGUGACAAAGCGAAAGAAAGCAAGAGUCCUUAUUGAUGACGAUUCUGACUAAAUAUAUUUCAUAGAUGUGUUUUUGCAGUGCUUAAUAAAUGUGUAUUAAAA